AUGCGGCUACACACAUAUAUAUAUAUAUAUAUGACCUCUCGAGGUCGGGCAGGUUGUCCACGUCCGCCGCUCUCCAGCAGGACUCCAGCAGCUGUGGAUGUGGAUGUCUCCCGGCGGCGUACCACAUUCUACCACGGGUACGAGGCCUGCGUGAAGAAGCGGGAGGGGCUGGCAGCUCGGUGCGGUGGUGUCGGGGUGAGCAGUGGCUCGUUUGCCUGCGAGAUGGCCUUAAAGAAGUUCGGGGUGACUCGGAUCGCAGUGCUGUCGCCGUACGCCCAGGUAGGGGACGUCGAGGUGACCCGAUUCUUUACAGAGGCGGGAUUUCAGGUCCUGGGCUUCAAGGGCUUGCGGUGCCGCACGCCCAUAGCGAUUGCCGAGGUUGGAGAGGAGGAGCUCCUUUGCCACAUGAGGGAACUGGACAGCCCAGAGGUCCAGGCCCUCGUCCAGGUUGGGACGAACCUGAGCUUCAUCUAUGGGGCGCCAAAGCUGGAGCGCGAGCUCGGGAAGCCUGUUCUGGCCAUCAACAGCGCCACUUAUUGGCAGGCGUUGCGAUCUGUUGGGGUUGCGACGCGGCUGCAAGGUUUCGGCCGGCUGUUCGAAGAGUUCUGA